AUGGCCUUUUCUCUUGAAAUCUCAUAUAUGCAUAUUCUAUUUCUUGCAUUUUUAACCACUUCCUUUCCAUUUCCCACUAAGGGAGACUUAAUCGAUGACAUUUGUACCGAAAUUCCAGAUGAAAAAUCUCUCUGUCUGGACACUUUAAGAACCGAUCCACGUUCUACAACACAAAAUCUUGAAGUUUUAGCACAGAUUUCAAUUGAUGCGGCUAUCAAAGAUGCCAAGGGUUUGCCUUCAUUGGUUAAGUCACUAGUAAACAAAGUGAGUGAUCCAGGAGUGAAAGCUAGGGUUUCAGGGUGUGUGAUAGAUGCUCAGAUUGCUUUGGCGAACCUUAUACAUGUGAAGCAACUUGUGGACUCAAAAUUUUAUGUGGCUGCCAAUGAGAAUGCUCGUGCGGCCAACGAUCAAUUGUCUAUUUGUGAAAAUAGUUUUCAGCUACAACCACCGGCUAUUGAACCGGUUGAAUUAACACAAGCCUCAAAUUUGUUGGAGGCUCUUGUUUCUAUUUUAAUUAUUGUUACAAAUCAUAUGCUUUGA